AGCACAAACAUGGCGGGCAUUGUUUUUGAGUUGAACACAUUGCAAGCAUUAUCGGUGUGUUUUAUACUUGCUGUAGGCUACGUUGCUAGUCUCUAUAUAUGGAAUAACAAAUUACACAGAGAUCACCCUGCAACAAUAAAAAGAAGAUGUAUCAGUGUGUUGCUGUUCUCCUCUUUAGCUCCUGGAUUUGUGUGGUAUUUCAGCACUCCAACUGAAACACUGGGUCACAGCCUCAUGACAUGGCUAGGAGUAAGAUUCUCAGGAACCAUCAUGGCAGCUGUUUUACCACUGUUUCUGACUAUUGUUUUGUUUCUAGGUCCACUAACACUGUUCUAUUUGGAUGGGGUGCUUAAAUUGUAUUUAGAACCCAAGUACUGGCAAGCUAAUAUGAAGAACUUAAUAUGGUUAAGAAAUCAUGUUGUGGCCCCAUUUUCAGAAGAGUUCAUAUUCAGAGCCUGUAUGAUCCCUUUACUCAUCCCUUCUGUCGGUGCUGGCACUGCAGUGUUUCUGGCUCCUCUAUUUUUUGGGGUUGCACAUUUUCACCACAUGGUGGAGAGAGUUAGAAACAAGCAUGCUGACCUUAAAACAGCUUUUCUCCAGUCAUUGUUUCAGUUUUCUUACACAACAGUAUUUGGUGCUUAUUCAGCUUUCUUGUUUAUUCGCACAGGUAGUUUAGUUGCUCCAGUGGUUGCACAUGCCUUCUGUAAUCACAUGGGAUUUCCAGACAUUGGGAUGGUGUUUCAGUACCCUCCUCCACAGAGGUACAAGAUCAUGGCAAACUUUGUGAUUGGACUGGUGUUGUGGUGUUUUCUACUCUAUCCACUGACACAUCCCCCGUUAUUUUCCAAUACAGCAUACAAUUUACUUCUUUGAAAGCUAUGAUCAUGUAUCUGCAAAUACAGCUUUAUAGUAUUAAAGAUCUCCUGUUCAUUCCAUAUGCCAGAAGUAAAAGUUUCAGUUUGUAUUAACUGAUAUAAGUUUUACUUCAAAAGAAAUCUUUGAAGAUAUAUAUAUGAAGUUGUUUUUAAUGGAAAAAUGUAUUUUCUGCAUAAUUAUGAGUAUUGUUAUUAUUGCAACAAAAUUCUGUGCAUUCAGUAUUCCUUUUGCAUGGACGAAGCAUACUUGUAUUUAUGUUUCAUAGAUGAGAUUUACACGAAAACUGUAUAAUAAAGAGCAGUUGCUGUUAUUAUGUUAGUUAAAAUGAAUGAUGUAUAUUUUUGCUAUGUUAUGACAAGUGACUGUCAAGUUAUUUAACAGUUCUAGCAUACGUGAAAACAGUAUGUUUUUCAGAAUGGUGCGAGGUUUGAAACUUGAUGUGACAGAAAUGUUGAUAUAACAAAGUAGUUAA